CGUUCACAGCCAGCAGCAGGAGCAGCUUCACUGACCACAACAAGCGGGACCUGCUCUGACCUGGACAGACCUUCUGCUCGCGACUCGGACGACAUGGCGUGGACCAAAUACCAGCUCCUGCUGGCGGGACUGAUGCUGACCACCGGGUCUAUCAACACGUUAUCGGCGAAAUGGGCAGAUUUAUUCACAGCGAAAGGUUGCCAUGACGACCCGGCACAUCAGUUCUCUCACCCGUUUGUGCAGGCGGUCGGGAUGUUUCUGGGCGAGUUCAGCUGCCUGGGCGUCUUCUACAUCCUGCUGUGCCUCGACAAGCGCAAGCCCGAGCCCACCAUGAACCCGGGCCAGAGCUUCAACCCCAUCCUCUUCCUGGCGCCGGCCAUGUGCGACAUGACGGCCACGUCCACCAUGUAUGUUGCUCUGAACAUGACCAGCGCCUCCAGCUUCCAGAUGCUGCGUGGAGCCGUCAUCAUCUUCACCGGUCUGCUCUCCGUGGCCUUCCUGGGUCGCCGCCUGGUGGCCAGUCAGUGGACGGGCAUCUUCAUCACCAUCCUGGGCCUGGUGAUUGUGGGACUGGCCGACUUCCUGAGCGGCAACCACGACUCGCACAAGCUCAGCGACGUCAUCACAGGGGAUCUUCUCAUCGUCAUGGCGCAGGUGAUCGUGGCCGUGCAGAUGGUGCUGGAGGAGAAGUUUGUCUACAAACACGACGUGCACCCGCUCAAAGCCGUCGGCACUGAAGGUUGCUUCGGCUUCUUCGUCCUCUCCCUGCUGCUCAUCCCCAUGUACUUCAUCUACGUGGGGAACUUCGGCAGCAACCCUCGCCACGUGCUGGAGGACGCGCUGGACGCCUUCUGCCAGAUCGGCCACCAGCCGCUCAUCCUGCUGGCGCUGCUGGGCAACACGGUCAGCAUCGCCUUCUUCAACUUCGCCGGCAUCAGCGUGACCAAGGAGAUCAGCGCCACCACGCGCAUGGUGCUGGACAGCCUGCGCACGCUGGUCAUCUGGGUGGUCAGCCUGGCGCUGGGCUGGGAGCACUUCCACUACCUGCAGGUGCUGGGCUUCCUGGUGCUGCUGCUGGGGGCCGGACUCUACAACGGACUGCACUACCCCCUGCUGCUCAGGUGCCUUUCCUGCAUCCGCUCCUUCAACCUGGACGUGGAGAGAAACGCGGGAGAAACAGAGAGACUCCUGGGUAACGGAAACGUUCCGACCCGGGACGAGAGCUAGACGACGCUGACGGAUCCUCCUCAUCGAACACCACCCAUACAAUGACGUUCUUAGAUAUUUAUUCCUCUGAUUCCUGAAUCUGACUCACGUCAGGUACUCACCUUUCAUUUUUUUAGAUUUUUAUUUUCUUUUUUUACAUGAAUACGGGGGGGGGGGGUUUGUGCCAAAGCCAUUUCUAUACGUGCAAUCCAAUGAAUCGCCAAGAGGGGGCGCCACUUGGACUGGAAUUCAACUUCAGUUCGACUGGAUCGCAAACUGAAAAGGGAACUAUUGAUCGAUCACACUGGCUGUUUUCUUCUCGACACUGAAACGUUGUUAAAAAAUGAAAUCAUGUUUUUUAAAAUAAAAAUGUCUAUU